GUUUUCCUGAGAACACUUUCUGCUUUUUCGGACAGCAGGGAUUUCUGGAUUAGAACAAAGAUGGACAGUUAAGAAAAGUAUUGAGCGUCUUCAAGGAAACAGAAAACAGUAUGACACAGAAUACAAGCUUUUUUAGAAACUGUUUUCUUUACAAGUGUCUGUUUGCAUUAAGUUUUUGGAGCCACAUCAGCCUGUCUGUGGAAGAUGAACUCUUUACAUCUGUUUCUAACAAUUUUCCAGAAGAUGAUUCUAAACAAAAAAUCAAGAGCCUGCCACUCCUGUAUACAAACAGUAAUCAGUCCAAAGCUGAUUUUGAUUGGGUUGUGAUACAAAAUACUACAGAAAGUCUGUCAUUGUCAGAAAUCACAAAUGACAAUGUAAAAAAAUUGAUAGCUUUAUUAUCUAAUUUCACACAAGGAUCCAGGUUACAAAAUCUGACACUGACAAAUGUGUCAGUGGAUUGGAAUGCUCUUAUGGAAAUUUUUCAGACUGUAUGGCACUCGUCCAUUGAAUACUUCAAUACUAACAAUGUAACACAACUGUCAGACAUUGAAAGUUAUGACUUUGACUAUUCAGGUACUUCUAUGAAAGCACUGACAAUGAAGAAAAUUAUAAUCACGGACAUGUACUUCACACAGGAUGACCUAUACAAAAUAUUUGCAGACAUGAAUAUUGAAGACAUGACAAUAGCUGAUUCUGAGAUGAUUCAUAUGCUUUGUCCUUCAUCUAAGAGUCCCUUUAGAUACCUAAAUUUUUUAAAGAAUGAUUUAACAGAUUUUCUUUUUCAAAAAUGUGACAACCUACAUCAGCUGGAGAUAUUAAUCUUGCAGAAGAAUAAAUUUGAGAGCCUUCGCAAAGUAAGCUCCAUGACCAAAAUCUUUCACUUCAUCAUAGAGAGACUUUCUUGGGUAUGCAUUGAAAAGCUGAAUCCAUUAAUUCUUGUUUGA